CAGAUUUAAGAAGCGCUCUACAGCAGUGGGAAGCUUGUUUUAGAGUUGAGUUCCCCUAAUGCUGAAAUGUACUCCUUCCAUCCAUUUUCUGAAGAAUGCACAAAGGCUUUGAACCAAGUUGUGGCUUACCACCUGCAUAGCUCCCAUGUGUAUUUGGCAAUGGCCCGCAGUUUCAUGACUGCCGAGGAGACUUUUCCUUUUGCCCAGUACUUUGAAACCCUGGCUGAUUCAAGGAGGGAAUAUGCAAAUAGAUUCCUAAACUAUCUAUGGACCCGUAACAAAAAGAUCGGCCCUCCAAUGUAUGAGAAGACCGAUCUGAAGGAAAUAACCACACCUAAAAGUGCCAUACUAAUGGCCCAGAAGAUGGAAGAGACAUUAACCAACGUCCUGCGAGACCUAAAAGAUGCUGCAUGUCGUGAAUCAGAUCUCUUAAAAAUUUUAACAUCGGUCCUCCGUAAACAAAGCAACGUUAAAAAGUUUCUGGAAAGUCUACUUUCUGCUCAGCAGAAAGGUAAAAGAAAGAACGAAAAGGAAGCCCAGACUGAAAAACCUUCUACCUCAUCGGGUGGGACAGGGUUUAACCUCAGAAGCAAAAGAAGCAAGCUUGGAGAUAGUUGAGAAUGACUUAGGAGCCUUCACCACCUCCAACUGCUGAAGUCUGCUUUCUUUUUCAUUUUCCUAAUGCUCAAUGUUUAGAUAAAAAUAAAUCUGUUUUGCAUCAUAAA